CAGUGGUUGUGCGGUGAUGAUGUAAUGUUGCUACAGAUGGCGGUGUGUGCCAGGCUCUGUGGAGUGGGUCAGUCGCGGCGGUGCCGAAGGCGGCAGAGGCACAGCCAGGACCAGAACAGCGACUCCGAGGUGGACAUGGACGAGGAGGAGGAAGAGGAGAGGGUCGUGGGCAAAAUGAAAGACGAGCCCAAUGGCAGCAGCUGUCAGAACAGGCGCGGCGCGGGGCCUAGCGGGGCCGGGGGACUCUGCGGUUCUGCGGACUCUGCUGGGCCUCCACACCCGCAGUCACUGCUGGAUCUUCCGCCGGAGCUUCUGGUGCAGAUCUUCUCUUCUCUGCCCGGCACUGCGCUACCCAACCUGGCGCUGGUGUGCAAGAAAGUCAGGCAGAUUCUCAACACGGAAACAAUCUGGAGGAGAAGAUGCACAGAGGAAUUCGGUAUGAGAGAUGACCUGCGGAAGAUGGAGACUGUGGGAAUGUCGAGCCGAGAUCUGUAUGUGAAACGUGUGAACCCGCAGGUGAAGUCGGGACGCUUUAUGAAGCUCCUCCCUGAUUAUGAGCACAUGGACUAUCGGGACGUGUACACACACUUGUUACAUCCCUAUAGACACAUCCUGGGUCUCUGGCAGCCUGAUAUCGGCCCGUAUGGAGGACUGCUGAAUGUGGUGGUUGAUGGUCUAUUCAUCAUAGGCUGGAUGUAUUUACCACCCCAUGAUCCCCGUGUGGAGGACCCCAUGCGUAGACGGCCCCUUUUCCGUAUACAUAUGUGGGAGAAAAACAAAGCCACAGUGGAAUGUAUGUACGGACAUAAGGGCCCUCAUAAAGGAGACAUUCAGACUGUGAAGAAAGAUGAAUUUUCCACCAAGUGCAACCAGACCGAUCACCAUCGGAUGGCUGGGGGAAGGCAAGAGGAAUUCAGAACAUGGUUGGAGGAGGAGUGGGGACGAACGCUGGAGGACAUUUUCCACGAGCACAUGCAGGAGUUGAUCCUCAUGAAGUUCAUUUACACCAGCCAAUACGAUAAUUGCCUGACAUACCGGCGGAUCUAUCUGCCCCCGUGCCUCCCUUCAGACCUCCUGCAGCCGGGCCUCUUCAAAGGGACGUACGGCAGUCACGGCCUGGAGAUUAUCAUGCUGAGCUUCCAUGGCUCCAAGGCCAAAGCCACCAAACUUACUGGGGACCCCAAUGUCCCGGCCGGUCAGCUGACGUUAGAAGUCGAUCUGAACCGGCCGGUGCGUCUACCGGACCUGGAGACCCAGCGCAACAUGGAGGAGCUGUCCCGUCUGGUGCGGGGGGUGCACGAGGAGGCCCAGAGCGACUCACAGGGUCGGGACGUCCCAGCAGAGGUUGCAGAGGGGGCGGAGGGCUCAGAUUCAGCGCCCCCUGCUGGAGCGGAGGGGGUCGAGCCGGGAGAACCUGAACCUCAACCUUUCGUGCUGCCUCUGGGAGUCAUGGCCCGUAAUGAAGUGUACCCUCGCACCUGCAAGAAGUGUUUUUACGGGACAGGCCUGAUCGCGGGUCACGGCUUCACGAGUCCGGAGCGCACGCCGGGUCUGUUCGUCCUGUUCGAUGGCGACCGCUUUGGCUUCAUCUGGCUGGAGCUCAAGUCCUUCAGCCUGUACAGCCGGCUGAGCGACCAGCUGCCCCACGCUCAGGCCCCCAGCAUGCAGCGCUUCGAGGCCAUGCUCCGCAACAUGCAGUCGUGGACAUCCUGAUAGCCGACUCACACUACUGUAGCCAUCAGGCACACACUCUGGUAUUGCGCUCUCCGCCAGACAGACACACACACACACACACACACAGGCUUGCAUCCGCACAGCUGUAUUCACAGCCACACGCCCAUACGGUUGUAUUAUAUUAGGCCUUUCUUAUCAGCUUUUUAAUUAAGUUAUUUUUGUAACCUGGAAAUGGCGCCGAAGAUGACGACAAUGUGAAAACUCACCCGUAUACUCUGCUGAGCGUGCCUCUGAGACCUUUAUUCACUCCAAAACCUGUGCUUUUGUGCUUUAGAAAAAAUACUUUGUCUUCAGUGUGGCGACAUCCGAUGAAUUUUAUCCCGUUUACUUCUUUUGUUUUUCUUUAUCGGUAACAUUUACAACUGCUUCCAUUUUUUCGGCAACUUUCAUUGAAAACGAAUGACUUCCAGACGCUCCGUCUGUGUUUUAAGAAACCCUUUACGUUAUAUUCAUCACACUGUUGUUCCAAGCGAGUAGCUGAUUGGUUAUCCGCCAAAUUUAACGACCGUCUCAUUAUGUCGUGAUAGUGCUUCUGUUCAUCUAGCUGUGCAGCUCUCUUCCAAGUGCUCUUCCUUACGCAGAUGAUUAUCAGAGGCACAAUUCCUCUGACUAUACUUUUGUAUUUGACCGCAGCAUUACUAGCAAUUGAAAAUGAAAAAAAAUUAAAAAUCACUAUAAUGUAAAGUGAAUAUAUAUGUAAAUGCAUUGGAAAUAUUUAAACAUUUAUCAAUAUAUUUCAGCUUUGUUUUAAGAAUGAUUGUAUAUAUGGUCGACAAACUAAUUUAAGUAUUAUCGCCUGUGUUUACAAGUUGUGAUAAUUGUGAUAAAAGUGGAAUAUUCUCCUAGAAUUGGCCAUUUACGUGGACUGAUAUCGUACAACUAUUGAUUUUAUUCCAAAUAAGAUGAAAUUUUAGCUGUUUGCAUGGGCUCAUAACGAUUUGAACCAUGUCUCAAAGUGUUUGUGGAAACGUGCUCAUUUAAUCAAUCAAAAAUUGGUCCUAUGUAGCUCAGUUUCUCAAUUUGACUCCCACAAAUUGAUUUUAUUGUAAAUGUGUGAUUUUUAGCUGCUUAUGUUGGCUGCUAGGUAUUCAAGUUAUAUUUCAAAUGGAUUUGUGGAAACAUAUCCCGAUUAAUAUAUACAAAAUAGCCUUGUUUACUUCCAAAUGCAUAAAAUCAAUUGGGGUUGCAAAAUUCCUGGAACUUUCAAAGUUCCAUUGGAAUUAAUGGGAAUUAAUAGAGAGAAAAAAAAUGGUUUUGAAAAAAAACUUUACCGGAAAUGUGCAAACCCAAUUUUAAUGACGAUUUAACAAAGCAGUGCCUAAAAGUGCAUUUUAUACAUUUGUGCUGGUGCAACUAUUGAUUUUAUUUAAAAUAAGCUGCUUAUGUUGGCUGCUAACUAUUUGAAUCACAGGAAAUAUGCUCGUUUAUGUCAAAAUUUACUUCAAUUUUUCAA